UAAACGUAUCCAGCUUUUUACAUGAAUUGUAACGAUUAAUCUUUAUAUAAACAGCGCAUUUUUGUUUUAAGAUUUUGCAUUACUUUUAAACUUAAAGAAGUAGUUUUUUACAUUGUCCUUUUUGCAGAAUGUCGCAUAGCUGUCGUCUGCUCUGUGGGUUUUUAAUGAGCUGCAUCGGCUGGACUUGUAUUAUAAUUGCGACCUCAACAAAUGACUGGGUGGUGACCUGUAAAUAUGGCAUGCACACCUGCAGGAAGAUGGAUGAGCUGGAGACGAAGGGCUUGUGGACAGAGUGCGUCAUCUCGACCGCUCUUUACCACUGUAUCUCACUCAAUCAGAUCCUGGAAAUACCUGCUUACAUCCAGACGUCUCGCGCUCUGAUGGUUUCCGCCUCUCUGCUCGGUCUGCCCUCUCUGGCGCUCGUGCUCCUGGCAAUGCCAUGCGUCAAACUGAGCGAAGAGACCGAGGACACCAAAUGCAAACGAGCAGUCCUUGGAGGACUCCUUAUACUGUUUAUAUCUCUAUGUGGGAUGGUGUCGACUGUGUGGUUCCCUAUUGGUGCACUACACGAGGACGGUCUGAUGUCAUUUGGGUUCUCUCUGUAUGCUGGUUGGGUCGGUUCAGCCCUCUGUUUUUUUGGCGGCGCGGUGAUGACUUGUUGUUCAAGGGGCGAUGGCCUAACUCAGAAUCCUGAAAACCACCACUACUACUACUCAAAACACAGUGGAGUUACCAACUCCGGCCCUCCUAUAUAUAACAGUCAUGCCAAGAGUGCACAUGUUUGAGAUUGGAGACAGAUAUACACACUGGAUAAGACUUCAGGCUUAUACCUCAAAAAGGGCUUUGGGCAGACAUACACACAUACAUGCAAACUCACACACCAAUGAAAUACACUAUGUGAGGAAUUUGUUUUCCUUUGCGAUGUUUUGACUCCAGUCAUGAGAAGAUUGGGAGGGAACAGAAUUUGGUUGAGACUGUUGUUUUUUUUUUGGGUUUUUUUUGGCUAAAAUUCUCAGACGUCUGAACGUGAAAGGCUUUGUUUAAACAGACAUUGAAAUCAAUCCAAGGGGAAAUACAGUUCCCUCUUUCCUCAGCACAUUUUUUUCAGUUGAUUGUAAGUCAACAUAUUCCUCUAUGUUUGCAUCCAAUGACAAGAAUUGAAUAUUUACAGUAUAUGGGUAGUUGACAAAUUACAAAUUAGAAUUAAAUGGACUUUUUAAUUCUAAUAUUGUAGGUUAUAAUCAAGGAUGCAACCAAAUGUUCAAUACUGGGUAGGCCAAAUGUAAAAAUUUUAACAAUCUUUCAUUGAAAAACCCAUAUUGUUCAAACACUAAUCUGAAUUUUGGAGAGGACAUGUCCCCGUUGAUGUCUAUGGUGGUUACAGCUGAAUUAGAAAAUGUUUUUUAAGUAGUUUUUGAUGCAUGUCACUGCCUGGUUACAAAGUAAAGUAAUAAAAGUAGCACAUUAUAUUUCUUGUAAUCAGAUUACAGUUACAGACUGUCAAUUAAGAUAAUUAUUUUACAUUUCAUUACUUGGGUUACACAUAGAGUAUUUCUAUAAUAAUAUGUAGAAUGCAUUUAAAACAUGAAUUUCAUUCAUUAAAACAUCUGUUUGCAUUCCUGUGGCAACUUAAAGGAAUAGUUCAACCAAAAACAUAAUUUACUCACCAUCAUGCCAUCCCAGAUACAUGACUGGCUUUCUUCUGUUGAACACAAACAAAGAUUUUUUGAAGAACAUCUCUGCUUUGUAAGUAAAACAGACUUAAAUAUUGAUCUGUUUCUCACCCACACCUAUCGUAUUGCUUCAAAAGACAUGGAUUUAACCACUGGAGUCUUACGGAUUUCAUUUUUGCUGCCUUAAUGUUCUUUUUUGAGCUUCAAAGUUUUGGUCACCAUUCACAUGCAUCGUAUGGGCCUACAAAGCUGAGACAUUCUUCAAAAAAUCUUUGUUUGUGUUUAGCAGAAGCAAGAAAGUCACACAUCUGGGAUGCCACAAGGGUGAGUAAAUGAUGAGAGAAUGUUAUGGGUAUGUGCUGAAUGGAUGAACUAUUCCUUUAAGGGCAUAUCCCCCCCUUAAGUGUUAAUGUAAAAGAAGGAAAAAUAGACAUUAUUUAGAAUUUGUUGAGCGGUAAAAGCAAAAACGUUUCUGUGAAAAUUGUAACUUAAUAGUAAUUAAUUAGUAAUGUGAUUACUUUUUAAAUUGAGUUACCAGUAAAGUCAAUAAUCUGAUUACAAUUUUAAAGUAGUACUUUUUUUGAGUAACUUAUCCAACACUGCACACUGUGCAGUUGCAUUGCUGUCAACUACCCAUGUGUUAACAUUAAAUUCUACCAAAAAACUAAAACUUGUGCAUAAUAAGAUGAGUUAUUAGCUCACAGCCUUCACAAAUGUCCUUUAGCAUAGCAUGUGUUAGAUGAACCCUUGCUCUGUCAGACAGAAAGAUAGAUAGACAGACAGACUAGAAAGACAGGAAACCAGUGAGGAUGAAUGACCAGAUGUCAUUUGCACUGUUUUCCUGGAAAGCUCUUCUCAGCAUCCUGUACAUAACCUCCCAGAACUUCAGCAUUUGAUAUCUGCAAAAGGAAAACUUGUCAUCAUUUAUGUGUCAUUUUACUCAUGUGGUCAGUGAAUGAUUCAUUAUAGUAAAGCAUUAGUGUAUCCUCCCUGUGCUUUUAAUUGGGAUUGUGAGCUCUUAACAGUUCUUGGAAUAUCCACUGUGUUAUGCAUUUUGAUUGUGUUGUUAAGUGAUAUGCUUUAAAACGAAUGUAAUUUUCUGCUCCAGCUGUGACACGCUGCCUCGUGUUAUAUCUACAUUUAAAUGAAAACAUAAGACCACAAAGUACUCUUUUAAGUCCUUGCUAUGGUUAUGGCUGAUGGCACAAAAAGACACCAUUUGUGUUUGUAAAAUAAUUUUAAUAUUUCAUUUUAAAUAUAUUUGUAUAUUCUUUCCAAACAAAUGUAGCUCUUGAUCUCUCAGUGUGUGUUCUGAAUCGGAAUGAUUUUACGCACAUAACUGAAAGGAAGAAAUGUAAAUAUCCUCAUGCAAACUUAAACAAGGGGGAAAACCACAUCAGUAAUACAUUUCUACAAACCAACCUAGAAAGAAUUUGAUAUCAGUGUUGCAAAAUAUUUUGAGAGCUAUUAAGCUUUCGCAGGGAGCCAAUCAUAAUAUUUCCCUCCAAAUUCUAGGGAGAGCUUGAGAUUUUUGAUCAAACACAGCUGUGGAGAUGGUGUAAGGUGAAAAGUCCAUUCAAUGCAUCUUUUGAGAAAGUUUCAUGUAGAGGCAUCCUGAGUUUUCCAUUAAUAAGACACUAUGUUUUGAGAGCUGUACAACAUACAAUAAGCAACAGCUCUAAAAGUAAAGAAAUGCUCUCAAGAGAACUGGGUGAACAUUUCAAUUUAACAGCGCAAUUAAAACAACAUUGAAACAGCAUACUGUUUGCAUGUCUAAACCUCCUUCAAGAUAUGUCACAUAUCUGUCACAAAGGUGCAAGUAUAUUUGAGGAGUACAUGUUCAAAA